AAACAGAAGCAGGCGAUAGGAGAAUAUAACCGCCUUCAGUUUCAGCAGAUCUGCUCAGGACAGGUGCCUGAACCGCACACAGCUCAGACUGCACUUCAGCUGUUAACACACUGCGUGAUGAAGACUCCACUGUGGACACUACUGUUGCUUGGACUGUGUAACCCAGCAUGGUGUGACUGCCAGAAGGAUUGCCUCUUCUGCAGCCAAAAACUGCCUAAUGAAUAUGCCUUCAACAAUUUGGUGUGUCUGGUGGAGUGUCAUGGUAAACUUUAUCCAGGCGACACCUGGGAGAUGUGUCGCAGGACCAUUGUGGAGCAAAACCCAAAAGCCUUGCUAUUGGUUGGCAAUAGCAUGCUGAAAAGAGCAGAAGAGGAAGCGGACACCUCUCUGCCUGUGGACCAGGAUGAUGGCCAGUAUUCUGAAACCCUCCAGAGGUUCGACCAUAUAGCACGGGCCUUGGGAACGGAUGAUCAGGACCAAGAUAUGCAGCUCAGUAAGUUCCUGCAAGUACAGUCAGCACAGGAAUCUGAGGAAGAGCGAGAUGGAGAUAGCGAGGUGGCAGGCGAUGAGGAAGAGGCUGCCGUCCACCUAAUCAAACGUUUUGGAGGCUUUCUCAAAAACAAGUAUGGCUACAGGAAGUUCAUAGAUCCUGGAAGGUCUUUGCAAAAGAGAUAUGGGGGUUUCAUAGGCGUCCGCAAAUCUGCCCGUAAGUGGAACAACCAGAAGCGUUUUAGUGAGUUCCUCAAGCAGUAUUUGGGCAUGAGUACUCGAGCUAGCGAGUUUAAUAGUAUGUCUGCUGAUGUCACCCAACAGAAUGAGUAAGCUUUGACCUUUGAAGUGAAUAAACUUACCCAGCAAACCAUUCGUUAUGCUCAUUUGAAAGAUAUCAUGUACCGUUCUCCUCAAACACAAAAAGCUCUCAUAUAGUGCCACAGGGUUAGAUGUGGAUUUACUCACUGAAGCAUCUAAUCCAUGUCAAACAAAGCUUACAUAUAUUAGCUUGAAGUUUGAAGAAAAGUCUUCAGAUUCAAUUUGAGACAUCUAUAAAUUGCAUUAGAUGAUUGACAUUGUAUAUGAUGGCCCCUGUAGUUUAAUUAUACAUUUUGCAAAGACCAUUUUGAAAACGUUACCGGUUCCAAAUUCAUCUCCUUUUCGACACUGCCACCUAUUGGCCAACGAGAGUUCCCAUAAUGGAAUCUCCAUGAAAAUACUUGAAAUUGAGGUGAAAUGUCAUAUCGAGAGGUAAUUACUAGGCAAAACAGAAUUAUUAAAGGAAUAGUUCACCAAAAAUGAAAAAUAUGUCAUGACUCACACAUCCUUAUGUCAUUUUCAGCUCCAAAUGGAACAUAAAUAAGCAUUACAGUCUAAUGAAAGCAUGAGAAUCAGACUAAAAUUUUGGUUUUUAAUCAUAAGCCUGCUAAAAAAACCCGAAAACAAUAGAAGCCCAAUAGAAACCAUCACAGAAAUUCCAAUGGUUUCCAUUAAAAUACCAUUAUAAACCAUUAGCUUUUUCCAGUAAAACCAUUACAAAAUUACUUUUUGUACUGUGUUUUGGGCAUUUUUCCAACAGGAUUUAACAUCCCACCAAUAGAAUCCAUCACAUACCAGUAGACACCAUUAUAGUUUCCAUUAAAACCAAUACAAUUCCCAUUAUAACCAUUAAAACCAUUAUAUUUUCUAUUGUGUUUUGGGCAGGGUUGUAUUGUUUUUUUUCAGCAGGGAACCUGUGCCAUCAAACCUAAUUUUUGCUUUCAAAUCUCUUACGCACACAUUACGCACGCAAACCUGCUACAUUGCAAUUAAGUUUUGGAAGUAGUAACACAUUCAUUUCAGUCUGUUCUUAGCUCAGUUCUUAGCUAUAGUGCACAAAUCAUAUAGUCUAUUCUUUAUGCCACUUUUUGGAGCUUUUUGGAGCCGAAUGGAAAAUACAACCCGAUCUCACAGGAAAACAUAAUUUUAUCAAGUGGCAAUUUCGUAUGAAUUUGUACACAGUAAAUGUACAUUUCUUAAGAAAAAAAUAAGCAUAACGAUCCACCCCUAAACAUAACCAUCUCUGGAGCGAAAGCAGAUAGUACAAAAACGUAUGUAUGAGUUUGUACAAAUUCAUACAAAUUAGCCACCAAUUCACCAAAAUUGACUAAUUAUCAUGAUAUUAUGUUGGCAAAAGAGCAGCUUUAAUAAUCUGCUUAAUAUCUCCUUUUGUUUUAAGGAUGAAAUAAACUAAAAUGGUGUCAGAACGAUAUGAGCAUGAUAUUGAUAGAAUUUGCAUUUUUGGGCGAACUAUUCCUUUAAGGGAUUAAGGAAAGCUAAUCUAUGUUUACUGUCUCUCCCAAAAAAAUAAAGCCAGAUUUUUCAUAAACCAUUCCAGCAAAGACUCAUCACUGUAAUAUGCCUAUACAAACAUAACAAAUUCUGUCACGCACAUGCACACAGAAUUUGCAUCCUCAUCUAACAGUGGGAAACCAAAAGCUUUAAUUUUAUUUUUUUUGAAACUGACAAAGUUGAUUUGUAUUUGUGCAGAUGAAAUGAUGUAUUUAUGCAAACAUUGCUGAGGUCAUGCUUUUCCCUUUAUUCCAAUGAUAAAAAUCAUGAUGUUGACUAAAUGAACUGUACAUAGUAACUGAACUAUGUCAAUAAAAUAGUUUACUAUUUUC